ACUAGUUGCUAGGUAAUAAUUGAUGUUAAUAGGUGUGAGGAUCGGUCAGAGCCGUCAGAGUGGACAGGCAAUAAUAGGUGACGUUUUAGGAUGAACGUAAAAAUGACAAAACUCUUAGUACUACCGGGAAGUGCUGUGCUAAAUUUCAUAGCAGUGAUAAUUUUACUAGGGCUUGCACAUACGGUACAGUCAGAACUGGAUGAUGUUACAACAGAAGUUUAUAGCGUGGAAGGCAAAGUGUUUCCACCCGAUUCUUAUGGUACAAGCAACUGGCAGGUCGCAACAAGGGUUUUGGUGAAUGGAGGAGACUUUGUAGGAUUUUUGAAGGAAGAUGGUACUUUCGCAAUUAAUAAUGUUCCAUCUGGCUCGUAUGUUGUUGAAGUGGCCAAUCCAAAUUAUGCUUAUGAACCAGUUCGAGUUGAAAUCAAUUCUAAGGGGAAGUACAGAGCUAGAAAAGUAAAUUACAUCCAGACUUCUCAAGUUCUUCAAGUACCAUAUCCCUUAAAAAUGAAGCCACUGAACCGCUUCCGGUAUUUCCAAGUAAGAGAACAGUGGAGAGUGACUGAUUUUCUGUUCAGCCCAAUGGUCCUGAUGAUGGUUUUGCCAUUACUGUUGAUAAUGAUUCUUCCCAAGAUGAUGAAUGAUCCAGAAACAAGAAAGGAAAUGGAACAAUUCAACAACUUCAAAUAUGACAUGCCAGAAGUAUCUGAAGUGCUGACUUCAUUCUUUACUGGAAGUGAGAAGCAGAAGCCUCGAGCUCUGAAGUCAAAUAAGAAACGGCAGUAACUGUUGUAUGUGCAUAUGUAUUGGACAUUUAUUGGUUGUAAAAUGUAUUGGCUACAGAUUGCUGUCAUGCUUCCAUGUAAUACUAUUGGCAACAAUGCCCCCCCCCCCUUUUUUGAGAUAGAGAGAUCACAUUCAUGCUCAUACAAAAUGUUCAGGAACAGGGAAAUUUUCAAUUAGAGAAUGCACUGCCAAAAUCAUAAUAUUCUUCUUAAAAAGUUGAGAAAAAUUACAUGCUGAAAGUCUGGUACAACAUUCUGUGACUGGCACCAGUGCAUGACAGCAAAAGCAAAAAUAUAAGGUAUUUUUUAUUCAUAAGUUAUGCAUCCUGUUACAACACUAAUAUAUAGUAUACCAGCCAAUCACAACUUUUUUGUUUUUCAAUACUGAUAUUUCAGUAAAUCAUCAGUAUUGAAAAACAAAAAAGUACACUAUAUAUUAUAUUAAAAAUAUACGGAUCACAAUGCAAGCAAAGGAUUUGUAAAAUUGUAAUUCAUACCUGUUAAGUGGAUCAUAUGGGGUGCAGAAUACAAUGGGAUAUAAUGUAUGGUGCUUUAGAUCAUCAUCAGACUAAUUAUAAGCAGUGUUUCCAAUAGCAACACAUGGAACGUUGUAGAUAGAAUUUUGUUUACUUCACAUCAUUGUACGACACGUGUGAUGGUGCUGUGUAUAUAUAUAGAAACACUAAGCAUAACAGCAAAGGUACCAUCCAUUCCUUAAUUUGUAAUUAUUGUAAAGCUUUAUGAUAGUUAAGUUUGUGCAUACAUUGUAAGCUGAAUAUGGGGCACUAUGCUACAAGCCAGAAGGUUGCAGGCUCAAUUCUCGAUGA